GGAUCAAGGACUAAGUCCUGAGCGAACUCGCACCAAAGAACGGUAUUCAAGACACCGCUUAAUUAUUUGGCCUAGGGACCAUCCCCCGGGCCUCCCUCUACUGGCGAUGCACUUCGCGCUACCCCCACGAAAGACGUCCAAACCCCCGCCGUACCUGCCGCGCUCGACCCGCCUGCCGGGGUUGAGGAAGACCCGCCUCAAGCUCGUCGCGCUCGUCGCGCUCGUCUUCCUCGCCCUCAUAUUCCUCGUCACGCAACCGAGCAGCAGCCGGCAUUCUGCGCCCGUGCAGCGGGUGCCCCGAGGCGACCCGCCCGUGGUGUUGGUGACGGUGCUGGAUGAGGGGAAGUACGGCAGGUCGCUCACGAAGUCGGUUGUGGAGAAUAGGCUGCAAUAUGCCGAGAAGCAUGGGUAUAAGACGCUGAUCGCCAAAGUCGGCGACUACGACCUCAAAGGCGCGCCUUUCACCUGGACCGCCGUCGUGGCUAUGCGUCACGCGCUGACCAAAUACCCCGACUGCCGCUACGUAUGGUUCCUCGACUCGAGCGGCUUCAUCAUGAACCCCAAGCUCAAGAUCGAGGAGCACGUCAUGCGGCCGUCGCGGUUGGACGAGCUCAUGAAGAAGGACUUCCCCGUCGUCCCACCCGACAGCAUCAUCAAGACCUUCAGCCAUCUCAAGGGGCAGGACGUGGACCUUGUGCUCACGCAGGACAAGGGCGGCCUGUCCUCGGGCAGCUUGAUUGUGCGCAACGGCGAGUGGGCCAAGUUCUUUCUCGAGACGUGGUUUGAUCCGCUCUAUCGGAGCUACAACUUCCAGAAGGCCGAGACGCAUGCUCUGGAACACAUUGUCCAGUGGCACCCUACUAUCCUCGCCCGCAUGGCCAUUAUCGACCAGCGUGUCAUCAACUCGUACAGCAAUGGCGACAAGGAAGCCGAGUACAAGGACGGCGACCUGGCAGUCAGGUUUCCCCAGUGCCCUGCGGCUGGGGUGGAAGCAUGCGAGGCGGAGACUGAGUCGUUUGUGCAGGCAUGGCGGCGGGCGUUUGCGGACUCGUGAUAUCCCGAGUCUCUGGCUAUCAGU